GGACGGGGCUUCGCUUUUAGUUUUAAUCCCCGUACACAUACGAAUUACAUUUUGAGUUAAAAUUUGAUAUAUUUCGAAUCUGGAGAUACACAGGAUUGCGAUUGUUUUUCCGGAAUUACUUUAGCUGCCGUGAACAAAGUGUUACAAAGUGAAACAUGUUGUGAAAGUGUAUUCCGUUUUGGGAAAGUUUUUAUACCUGCUUGUUUUGACUUUCAAGCCCUCUAUGUGGUAUUCGGACAGCUUCGUCAUUUUGACAGUCAGCUGACGGUAGCGUGAGGAUCGCCUCUGGAUUAUCAUCCUCAAGUUUUUUUAGACCUAAAAUGCCACCCCAUACCAUGAUGGACCACAAUACUAAUUUAUUACCCGAACCAGAAAACUCUCGCCCAGAUCAACAUCCCGUCAAAUGUGUUUUGAUCGGUGAUGGGGCGGUGGGAAAAACUUCUUUAAUUGUGAGUUAUACAACAAAUGGAUACCCUACGGAAUAUGUGCCGACGGCGUUUGACCAUUUUUCAGUAUUAGUAACAGUUGAUAAUAAUCCUGUACGUUUACAACUUUGUGAUACAGCUGGCCAGGAUGAUUUUGAUACAUUACGGCCAUUAUGCUACCCCAAUACAGAUGUCUUUCUAGUGUGUUUUAGUGUGGUAUCGCCUACGUCCUUUAAAAAUGUCGUGGAUAAAUGGGUACCUGAAAUAAAGAAACAUUCUCCUAAAACGCCAAUAGUUUUGGUCGGAACUCAAGGUGACCUUCGUAAUGAUGUACAGAUAUUGAUAGAGCUGGCUCGAUACAAGGAAGCACCUGUCUCUGAAGAGGAAGCCACGGUGUUGGCAGACUAUAUCGGAGCCAUGCAAUAUGUCGAGUGUUCUGCGUUGACUCAGAAAAAUUUGAAGGAAGUGUUCGAUACUGCGAUUCUUGUAUCGUUAAAAUUAACUAGUGCCUUAAAACGAACACCGAGCCGAAAAUCAAAACGUGGGAAACUGUCCAUCGACAGCAAAAGUCCUUUAGCUGUGCAACCAAAUGAGAAAAAGACUGGAUGGAAGAAAUUUUGUUGUUUUAUGUGAUAAUGACUGAAAACACUAUACUGUUCUUCCAAUAACUGUGGCAAUAUGACAGAGAGAAAGAGAGAGAGAGAGGAAAAGAUAACCUAAAUCGUGAUAUAAACUAAUAAAAGACUAAAUGAUCAUCUGAAUCGGUGAAUCUGUUGGAAGGGUAUAGCACCCUUCUACCAUCUUGGAAAUAAAAUUCAAGAUGAAGAUGUUUAUAAUUUCUUCAGCCAUCUUGAAUUUGGAGAUGAAUUUGAAUUUUCAAGAUGGCGUCCAGACCCAAGUUGUUACAUAAUUUGUUAAAUUUAUUUAAAUUUUGCUCAAAAUGUGGGUAGAAAAUAAACCUGCAAAAAAGUGAUGAGUGUUUCGAGAAACCUAACUGACUUAGCGACCAUUUUAUUAGCUAAAGUGAUUAGACUGUCUCUGAAAAUCAAUAUGGCAGCCACCAGCAGCCAAAAACUAAAGUCCCCAAAAUUGUUUUUAUGGUUUACAAUAAAUUGGGAUAAAAUAAGUCACAAAUAAAGGAACCAGCCUUUUGGGACACAAUGAUCUUUUCAGAAUACCCACAGUUCCCAUAAAAAAAUAUUUUCAUGCAAUUUGGUUACAAAUUAACUUUGCAGUUUGUAUUUUGAUACUACGAAAUUUGCAUUCUGUGAAAAUAUUUUUAU